AUGCCUUCAAUAACAGAAGAUGUAUCCAUCGGAAACUUAGGCAGUCUCCAAACACUCCCUGACUCAUUCACCUGGAAGUUCACAUCCUCCGACUCCGCAGUGGAAGAGUCCGUUCCGGUCAUCGACCUCUUCGACCCCAACGUCAUCACUCUCUUAGGAGAUGCGUGUAAAACGUGGGGAGCGUUUCAGAUAUCCAACCACGGGAUUCCUCAGAAGCUCAUAGACGAUGUCGAGUCUCUCUCGAAAACCCUUUUCGAUAUGUCAUCAGAGAGGAAGCUCGAAGCAGCUUCCUCAGAUAAAGGAGUUAGUGGCUAUGGUGAACCUCGAAUGACUCCUUUCUUCGAGAAGAAAAUGUGGUGCGAAGGGUUCACAAUCGCUGAUGCCUCUUAUGCCGACCAUUUCCUUACUCUUUGGCCCCAUGAUUACACCAAAUAUUGCGGAAUAAUCGAAGAAUACAAGGGCGAAAUGGAAAAAUUAGCGAGCAGACUUCUCUCUUGGAUAUUAAGCUCUCUUGGUGUCACCGUUGAGGACAUUGAAUGGGCUCAGAACAUGAGCCGAGGCGUCAUACGACUUAACCAUUACCCGGUUUGUCCUGAACCAGAACGAGCCAUGGGUCUAGGCGCUCACACCGACUCCACCAUCCUAACCAUUCUGCACCAGAGCAACAUGGGAGGGCUACAAGUGUUUAGAGAAGAGACCGGUUGGGUUACGGUAGAACCGGUUCCUGGUGCUCUCGUGAUCAACAUCGGCGACCUCUUUCACAUUUUAUCCAACGGUAAAAUCAUGAGUGUGGUUCACCGAGCUAGAGUUAACCAAACCCGGUCAAGAAUUUCGAUUGCGUAUUUGUGGGGUGGUCCAGCUGGUGACGUGGAGAUAAAACCAAUAUCCAAAAUCGUUGGUCCGGUUGAACCGGCUAUAUACCGGCCAGUCACUUGGAAUGAAUAUCUUCGGAUAAAAUAUGAGGUUUUUGAGAAGUCAUUCGAUGCAAUUAGGGUCGUUAAUCCUACCAAUUGA